GGAAGAGAAGAGGAAAAUGUGCUGCUGUUUUUUUGGUGCCAUUUUAGCUCACUUUAAAGUUUAAACAAUACACAACUUGUUUGGAUCGAUGGUUCUGUACAUGUUAAAUGUAGUUUAGUCUUUUUAAUGUUACUGUGAAGCACAGUUUCUCUGUUCGAGCAGGACCUGUGGAGGUUGAACUUCUCCAGUUUCAUCGCAGUACUUUAUUGGGACGCAAGCACUCAAGAUCAGGAUCAGCUUGGAUCAGGAGUGCAAGCAACAGUGUCAUCAUUUAUCCACCCCCACUGACGAAGCAGCAUGGAUGAACCUCUCACUAUGGCAUCACGUCACAAUGCCACACUUAUAAAUCCAGGUCCUCCAGCGCUUUAUGAAAUUAAAACAGAAAUAAAAUAUAUUGAUGGGACCAACAGAAAGGUCAGGCGAUGGACAUAUGGACAAAAAGACAGAAACAAGCAGAACAAAGUCAUACUGAUGGUGGGAGAAACCGGUGCUGGGAAAACAACCAUGAUCAACACCAUGAUCAACUACAUACUGGGAGUGAAGUUUGAAGAUCAAGAGUUUUAUCAAAUCACAGAAGAAGAUAUAGAUGAAUCACAAUUCCAGGCACAUCAGAUCACAGUUUAUGAGGUGUUCGUUGAAGAAAACCCAACAUCUCUGACCAUCAUUGACACUCCAGGAUACGGAAACACUGAAGAACACGAGAAAGAUAGAGAAAUUUCUGAGUAUCUGAUCAGAUUAUUUUCAGAUGAGGAUGGGAUUCAUAAUAUUGAUGUAGUGUGUUUAGUGAUGAAGGCGUCGCAGAAUCGACUCUCUGACAAAGAGUUUUACAUCUUUCACUCAGUUCUGUCUCUGUUUGGUAGAGAUAUAGAGGAGAACAUAGUGUUUCUAUUCACACAUUCAGAUGGAGGACCUCCAACAGAUGCUUUUAAUGCCAUUAAAACAGCAGCAAUACCCUGCAGAAGAGAUGAGAGAAAUAGACCUGUUAACUUCUUAUUCAACAACCAGCAAAAACAGCAAAGAGAUGAAGAGUAUGAGCACAUAUACAGAUCAUCAUGGGAAAUGGGAGAGAGAAGCAUGAAUCAGUUCUUCACACUUCUGGGUAGAAUGAACAGAAAAAGUGUUCAGAUGACAUUAGAUGUUCUGAAAGAGCGAAGACGACUCGAGGCCUGUGUCGACAAUCUGAAGGAACGAAUCAGUGAAAAAGAGUUAAAAACUGAAGAACUUAAUCAGAUUCAAGAAGCCCUCAGACAGAACAGAGACAAGAUUAAGAGAUGUGAAAACUUUCAGUUUACAGUCAAAACAGCUGUGAAAGAGAAAGUCUCCACUGAAAAUGAAUGGUGGUGGAACAGAAAUGCAACCUGCUGCUCCGACUGUGAGGAAAACUGUCAUGAAUGGGGCUGCUCAGAUGAAGAACCUUCAAAGUGUUCAGUCAUGAAAAACAAUCAAUGCACUGUGUGUACAGGAAAGUGUCAUUACAGCAAACAUUUUAGAGAGAACCAAAAAUAUGUGACAAAGACAAAGACUAUCACUUUGCCAUUUGGUGACCUGAAACAGCAGGAUGAACACACUGGUGAAAAGCCUAAAACCAGCUUUCAAAAGGACAUUUUUGAAAACAUUACAAAGGAACAUGAAAGAAACAUGACAGAGUCGGAGAAUAAAACAAAAAUAGAAGGAAAAGUGAAGAGCGAUCUUGAGAAGAUUAAAAAUGAAAAGUCCAACCUGCUGAAUGAAGCUUAUAUGAUCAUCAUGAUUCUGCCUAAGAUUACACUUAAAUCAGACAGCGCUUUCACUCUUCAACAUCUGGAUUUCUUGAUUCCCAGACUGAAGAAGGAGGGAAAAGAUGAAUGGAUGAAGAACCUGGAGGAUAUGAGGAAAGCUGGAGAAGAGAGGAAGAACAAUGGGGCUUUACGUCACGUCAUGGAAUUAGCAGCAGUGGCAUCAUCCACUCAUCACUGCCGGCGCAAGAGCUUGGAUGAACCUCUCGAAAUAAUAGCUGGAGUCAGUCGUCUCAGAGAUGAAUUUAUUGAGCUCUACGAGAGAGAUCACCAUGAACUCCAACAGUGCACAGAGAGACUGCACAGUAUUAUCGAAGAAUUUGAAGAAGAUUACAGACGUUCUACUGAAGACUCCAGACAUGCAGGAAGGUUGGGAAUCAGCGAAGGUGUUGCUCUGGUUGCAGGAAUAGUUGCAGCUCCAUUUACUCUGGGAACUUCUCUUCUUGCUGCUGCUGCUGCUUAUGUUGUUGUCAUAAGAAUACUGGCGCCAAGAGCUGCUAGAUUUUUCAGUGGAAUAAGCAGCUCUAAUAAAAUGCAGAAAAUGACAAAAUUAAGACAAGACAUUGAAGCUGAACUGAAAAAAUUUCAGGAUAAAAUCAAGCCUAUGAUUGAAAAGAUGAACGAAAUUAAGAAUACUGAGAAAAUAUUGAAAGACCAAGACAUCAUACAGAUAGAAGACGUUGUUGAAUUGACUGCACAGAUAUCUGCAAAUAUGCAUUCAACUGCAUCACUAGAAGCAGAUUUUGGCAGAUUUAACUUUGUGCUUGCUAUGAUCUCAGUUUUCAAAAAUACCAGUGUGCUCAAAGACAUGAACAAACUAGCAGAAACACCCAUAGAUGAAGAAAUAGACGAAAGUGGGAUGACAUCAAAGGCUGGAAAAUUCAUUGUUGAAAUGAAGAAAUUCAUUCAUCAGCUACAGAACAUCACCGUUAAACUUCAGAAAGCAAAAGACAAAAUAGUAAUUUAUUAGGAUAUAACGUGACAAGGAAAUGGCACGAUUGGGACAGAAGUUGAUAUUUGAUUCUGUUGUAGGAUUUCUAUCGAUCAGACACAGAUACGCCAUUGAAUCAACUCAUCACAAGGUUAAACUAAUCAUCACUAUCAUGUGACGUCAAUAUUCUGAGUCAGUUCCUGUCAGCACCUCGUCAUUAUCUACUCAAAGCAGUGAUAGACUUAAUUCAAUCAGGAGAAGAGAGGACCCCUCUUGUUUUGCAACUAUGUCCGCACAAAUGGUUGAUUGUCCCCCUGCGGAUCAGCUUCGCCCGCACCCUUGUAAGAGACCCCGGAAAAAGGGUGAUUUAGAAGACAAUCUCCAGAUCUGUAAAACACUAAGACAGUGAUAACGUGACUCAAAUCAACCAAAGGAAUAAAGGACUCCCUCUGUCUGAGGCCAUUAAAGGACCAAAUGUGCAGUGCAACUUUAACCCAGCAUCAGCAUAAAUCAAUAACCAAAUAAACACAAAUGGGCAGAUUUGGGAGCUGGGAGAAUCACCACACCUUGUGACACUUCCCUGACCUCUGAACACGUGCUUUCUCCCUCUCCUCUUUUUUACAUGCUGACCCGUGUUCUUUUCUCUUACAACAAAAGAAACAGAACCUUGCAUGACGAUUUUAAAAGACAAUCAUUUAAAAUCAUUUAAAGUAUUAGAGCAAUAUACUCCCAAAUAAUAUGCUUUCUGUUUGAUAUGUUAUUGGAACCUAUGAUAUUAUAAUCUUUGCCUUCAUUUAUUGAUUUAUUAACAAUAACUUGGUGUGAAUGAAAUGUUGAUUUUCGGUAUAAUAUGCAUGAUUACAACACUUUGUAGAGGUGUCGGCGAAGUCUUUUGGACAUUUUCUCCACGUGAUAAAUUGAUUAGCAUAUAAUGUAUGCACGGAAAAGGAACCGUGCGGGGCGUGGCUAAGCCCUGCAACCGCAUCAGUUGGGACAAUCACCUCUGGGGUGUUCCAAAUCAGCCCGCUUAAAACUAUGUGACACACAGCCUUCGCUUGCUUGCUCUCUCGAUCUUUGGCUCUUCUGCCUUAUUGAUUGCGCUACAAAGCACUCACAGCCGUAACAUCAGUCUAGCGAGACUCCAGAACUACAAACACUUCAUCAAACUUCGUGACUGCAGAAAUCUUCAAAGCUUAGUCUUUGCAAACAGACUCUCCGAAGAACUUCCAGCGCGUCAUCACGUCACAAAGAAACUAACCAAUCACCAGAGGGCUUUCCCAGAAAUAUGUCAGCCAACGACCGCAUCAGCAGCCAAUCCACAGCCCGGGAUUCCCUGACCUCAGCCAGAGGAGGAAAACAAAAGGUCAGCUGUAAACUUGAACGUAACAAACAAAUCAUCAUCUCUUGCUGAACUGGGCGAAUCAAUCCUACUGCAGUAAUGAUAGGCUGAAAUCUCUGCUUUAUGAGUCUUCUCAGGUUGAAUUUAAAGAACUAGCAGCUAGUACUAGAAUUUUGGGAACUUCAUGCAAACUCCAUAAAUCUCAUCUUCAGUAUGUGUGUGUGUGCGUGUGUGUUCAUUGAUUUUAGUUCCAUGUGUUUGGUAGGUUAGUUUAAUGUAUUAGAGUAGAUUCUCAAAUAAAGUCUGUUCCAUAAAGAAUCCUUGUCUCGUGUUGUGUAAAUUUAAAGUCUAAACAUAGCCCAGCUCUCGUGUUACCUUGCUCAUGGUAAAAUCAUCAUUUUGUUCGAAUUAUUGUUGGCCACGAGUAGUAAAACAAAAUUGAUAAGAUACACUAAAGUCGACUAAGACGCUGGAUGUCUAGUUGAUAAAGUGUAAAUUCUAAAAAUUGAAUCAGAUCAAUUUAAUCAAGUCAACAAACGGAUCGGUCAGAUCCAAUUCCCUAAGAAGCAAAAUUAAGAGCUAAAUUACUACAUUAACAACAGCCAGUUAACAACUAGUGACCAACAUCUCUCUGCUAUCAUAAUUAUUAUAGCAGAAUCAUAAUCAUUAAACAGGAUACAACCAUAUAGAAUGUGUUAUAUACGACGUUGUGUGUGAUUUGUUGCGCUUUUUUUGUUUUACGUGUGCUUAAUACCUGAUAGAAGUCCUUUUGUUGUUGAUUUGUACAGUGUAUAGUUGCAUUUUACUAUUCAGUCUUUCCAGUUAUCACGUUGUGUUUGAGGCUGGGAAGAUGUAGGCAGGUAAGUAGGUCGCGUGACAUACAUUGUGUAACACAAAGGACAUUUUCCCCUUCUGUAUUAGACGCACUAGGUUUUGGAGAGAGUGCCUCCCUCUGUAUGUUUUUUCCACUGUUUUUUUGUUAGGUCGGGUAGUUUAGUUAGGGCGUUUCUAUGCCGAAAAUCUUUUCUUUCUGCAUUUUCUUUUUGGUGUCGUCGCCAAUAGCCUCGUGGUUAGUGCGUCGACAUACAGAGCCCUCGGCAACCUGAGUUCUAUUCCCAUUUCCAGGUCCUUUGCCGAUCCCGCUCCACCCUGUGCUUUCCUGACGUCUCUCUCUACUGUCCUAUCUAUAAAAAAUGCUUAAAACCCCAUACAAAUAUAUAUACAGUAUAUUAAAAAAUAUAUAUUUUUGGUAGUUAGUUUAGUUUGUUAAAAAUAGUUAGCUGUGUUUUGUUUUAUUUAUUUAUUUUAUUUGGCUCCUCUCGUGCUCCCCUUCCCACCACUGUUCUGUUAUUCACUGUUUGUUAUUCGUUUUCUGUAAAUAUUGUAGUCACCUUUUCACUUGAGCACUGUACACGUGAGACAAUAAAUUGAGUGCAUUUUGAAAAGUUUUUCUCCUUUUUUUGCCUGCUACCAUUCACCCAUAUGCACACACACUUUCAAAGUGUUAUUGUCCCUUUCUCCCCUAGUCUAAUCGAAUUAAAAAUCUUGAAGGACAUAACAGGAUGUCA